CCGUUUUCGACGCGUCUGGAGACGGAGCCCUACUCUGGCCAGUCAUCCCGCAGACGGAGUUGGUCUCAACACAAUUUUCUUCCCCACAUCCCAGCCUAUAGCAGUGUGAUCCCUAGAGCUGGCUAUAGUGCUUCGGGCUUCCCUCGAGCCCUGGUCCGUGUCGGCUCCCGCAGCCGGGCCGCAGCCUAUCCUCAAUCAGGCGGCCUACCUUACACCUACCAGUGCAGCUAUUACCCUCCUCCUACCACCUCAGUACUGGUUGUUGGUGGACGAAAGCCAAUUCACCCUUUCUGCCCAAGUAUCAACGGUACUUGCGCCUAUCCCCUAGUCGGUGUGAAUCGCCGGCACAGCCAACCUUGUUACAGGCUUGGCGACGUCACUGCAAUUCCCUCUGGGCUGCCUACCAGUCAUCUAAAGGCCAGCAAGCCGAUCAAGAGAGAGCAUAUCCUUUCCCCGGUAGAUACACCAGUCCGUUGUCUGGGCUUUCCCCUCAGCAUGCAUCAUGUUUAA